AUAUAUGACCCGCGAACCUUGACCCUCACCUAAAACCUCAAAACAAAUUCGUGAAAAGUUUUGACCAAAAAAAGUCUUUUGGCAAUCUAAUUCCUUUGAAACUUUCUGGGUUUGGAGAUUUUCUUUCCAUUAUUAUAUAAUCAUCGAAUCAAAAGAAUCUUACUGCGACGAUCGACGAAGAAUCAUCGUGAACACGCAAAAGAAAUGGGGUGUUGCGCGAGCAAUACAGCUGGAGGUUCUAAGGCUAAUCGGAUCUCGCGGUGGCGAUCUACCGGCAUUGUUGGUCUCCGCGACUCCAAAUUGAAGGCGUUUCCUGAUGAAGUCAUUGAAAUGGAGAGAGCAGUGCGAACACUCGAUCUAACACAUAAUAAGAUCGCUGAUGUACCAGGAGAAAUCAGCAAGCUAAUCAAUAUGCAGCGUCUGUUGAUAGCUGAUAAUCUAGUUGAGCGCCUUCCGGGGAAUCUAGGGAAACUUCAAGCUCUCAAAGUUUUGAUGCUUGAUGGAAACCGCAUCAGCUGUUUGCCUGAUGAAUUGGGUCAGUUGGUAAGGCUUGAACAACUCUCUAUCUCCAGAAAUAUGCUCAUAUACUUGCCCGAUACUAUUGGUAGUUUGCGCAAUCUAGUGCUGUUGAAUGUCUCAAAUAAUAGAUUGAAAUCCCUUCCGGAAUCAGUAGGGAGCUGUGCUUCUUUAGAAGAAAUACAGGCUAAUGAUAACGUUGUUGAAGAGCUUCCUGCAUCACUAUGCAAUCUGGUUCAGUUGAAGUCGCUUUGUUUAGACAAUAAUCAAGUGAACCAGAUUCCAGAUGGAUUGCUGAUACAUUGCAAGAGUCUGCAAAAUCUUUCUUUGCAUAACAAUCCCAUUUCCAUGGAUCAGUUUCAGCUGAUGGAAGGAUACCAAGAAUUUGAAGAAAGGAGAAAGAGGAAAUUUGAUAAGCAAAUCGAUUCAAAUGUGAUGAUGGGUUCUAAAGGACUUGAUGUAGGCGUUGAUAAAUGAUUAUUGUCUUCAACGUCUUCUUAGUUCGUCAGGUCAGUGAAUGAUUAUGAUCGAACGUGUACGAAUAUUGUUGUAAAACUCUCUUUCUAUCUUUCUAUUUCAAGAUUUAGAAUCUCUGCUACAGUAACUCAAAUUCUUAUGAACACAUACACAUUCACGCAUGUACGUACAUAUAUAUAUAUCAAGGCGUGUAUGUGUGUGUAUAUGUAUCUGUGCGUGUGUAUACAAACAUAUAGGCAAAGCGAUUCUUACCUUUUGCCUUAA